CCGCUAGCCUGCUGCUGGAGAUUGCAGCCCCAUGGGGUCCUAACGAGACGCGCCCAUACUUGCAAAUGCGUCUUUUUGGUCCCAACACAAGUUUUCCGGGACCCGUGGCGCGAGCAUACCAUCUGUGCUCCUGAGAUCAGCUUCCCCUGCGUCGGUAAUGGGAAUCCGAGUGCUUGGUCACGAGAACUCAACCGAACAACCAUAACCCAGCGACUGUUUUUUUUCAAAAUCCUCUAGCCUCUUUGUCUACGCAGGUCGACCUCAAUGAUCGACCUUGCGUAAAUGUCUUGUCCGCCACCUGUCGGUAACGUCCCCGAUCGAUAUCACAAUCGCCCCACCUACCACCUACCCCAGAUUCACCUACUACCUUCAUCCUCCAUCGGCAUCAUCCCCGACCGAAACGAGCUGGCGAAACUAUGUUUCCCCCGCAAACCCCAACUUUCCCUAGAAUCAAGGGUCUCCACUUCUUCUUGUGUCUGGCCGCGUGGUCAGUACCCUGUCGACCAAACGUACGAUACUUGCUUUUUCCACCUAUCGUCUUAAUUCUACCAAGGCAGAAUCUUUCAGCUCGAAAAACAGACGUGUUCCAGCUUGACUUCACCCCAUAGCCUGCCACGCUUUAUAGUACCAAGCCAAGCUUCUUGAGUCUAGCCGGCAUCCCUCCCAACACAUGGCGAAGCGUCUUCGGUUCUCAGUAUAUAUUGAGCUGGAUUCCCGUCGACGAAGACAGUUCCAACUUCUAACCAUCCCGCCAUCAACUCGAACGUCAAUCUGAUUUAUUCCAAGAACACUCGAGAUUAUCUGUGGCCGUAACGGGUCCAACACAAUGGGUCUUCCUUCUUUUCUCCAAUCUGGGUCAGCCAGGGACGUGUACUCGCCCGAAUUGCUUGCUGUGUUGCCAAGCAACGCGAAGCCCUGGUAUCGGACGAAGCAUCUGCUGCUGCUCAAUUUCUUUCUCGCGAUUCCCUUGCUAUCCGCUUCUGCUGUUGGCUUCGAUGGUGCCAUGAUGAACGGCCUGCAGACGUUGCCUCAAUGGCGUAAUGCCUUCGGCAAACCCACGGGCGCUCUUCUAGGCUUUAUGAAUGCAGUUUAUCCAAUCGCCAAGAUCACCGGAUUGUUCCCCGCCACCUGGAUAGGAGACAGAUAUGGAAGGAAGAAGGUAUUGUAUAUUGGUUUUGCCCUUCUUCCUAUCGGGGCUGCGCUGCAAGGCGCGUCGCAAAAUACCCCUAUGUUCAUCGUCGCCCGAUUCAUGAUAGGCUUUGCGACGUCGUUUCUCGCCCAGCCUUCGCCUAUUCUUGUGACAGAGCUGGCAUAUCCGACGCACAGGGCUAGGGCGACUGCUCUAUACAACACAUGCUUUUACCUCGGGGCCGUCCUCGCCGCUUGGUCAACAUUCGGAACUUUCAGGCUACAAUCGUCGUGGUCCUGGAGAAUUCCAUCCCUACUUCAACAAUCCAUACCUGCCUUUCAAACUGCUUUCGUCUUCUGGGUCCCAGAGUCUCCUCGGUGGCUCAUGGCCAAUAAGAAGGAAGAAGAAGCUCGGCGUAUCUUGACGAAAUACCACGCUGGUGGCGAUGAGAAUUCGCCCUUGGUAGAGUUUGAGCUGAAUGAAAUUUCCCAGGCUUUAGAAAUGGAAAAGGCGAGCGAGCACUCGCCCAGCUACAUCGAGCUGGUCCGCACUGGUCCUAACCGCCACCGCACUGCGCUCGCUUUUCUCAUCGCGUUUUUUACCCAGUGGAAUGGCUGCAGCGUCUUGUCUUAUUACUUGACACUCGUUCUCAACACCAUUGGAAUUACUGAGCCUGCUCAACAGACGCUCAUCAAUGGUAUGCUGCAAAUAUUCAACUGGAUAGUUGCUGUCUGCGGCGGUGCCCUCCUGGUAGACCGCGUCGGUCGCCGUUCGCUGUUCCUUAUUGGCACUUCUGGCAUGCUUCUUUCAUACAUUGCUUGGACUGCGUUAAACGCCGAGUUCGCAAAGACCCACGAUCAACGUCUGGGAACUGCUGUCUUGGUUUUCAUCUUCAUCUACUAUUUCUUCUACGACAUUUCCUGGACUCCUCUGCCAAUCGCUUACACCGCCGAGAUCUUUCCUUAUACCUUGAGAGGUCGAGGAAUGACGACCAAUUUUGUCGGAACAUAUCUCGGUCUCAUCAGCGGACAGUUCCUCAAUCCAAUCGCAAUGCAAGACAUAAAGUGGCGAUAUUACAUCGUUUUCUGCGCCAUAUUGUUUCUCAUGGUUACCGCAAUUUACCUCUGGGUUCCGGAAACAAAGGGUCGCACUCUGGAAGAGAUCGCAGAGAUCUUCGAUGGCCCUCGAAGUCAUUUGACUGCAGGCACCGCUGAUGAGAACAGUACAAGAGUCUUCGCAAAGUUGUCUGAAGUGGAACUUAGGGAGGAUAUAGCAACUCGAGGUUAAGGAUAAAAGGUGUCACGGGUUAGUCCCGCUUCUUACUAUGGCGCUGCCAUAGUUCUUUCACGGCACUUCCGUUCUGCCACUGCCUUGGCCGCUCCUUCUAUCGCUGCUCCGCGGUUGUUCCAACUCCUUCUCUUCUGCAAGCUUUUUGUACACAGUUUGUUGCCUCGCUAGAUUGAAUUCAAGUCUUGCUUCAGC